AGUGUGUGUGUGGUUUUCAAUUUAAAUGAGUGGAAAGACAGAAGGAACAUCAUCUUGUCAGAAGAGAACACUCAACGGCAAAAAACUCAAGACAGACUUAAGAAAAAGCACUGGAGUUUCAGCAAAUCCUACACCUGGAAAUAAUCUAUUUCUAAAUUAUAUUUUAGGUGUAAUAAUAGUAACAAUGUCUACCGGUUCACAGAGUGACGCCGAUGAUGCACUAGAAACAUCACUCACACGCCUCGAUUCUCACUCUGAUGAUGACUUUAAUGAUGAUGAAGGACUCAACACCAAGCCUAAACAAACGAACAUGCAAAAGCGUUUGAAAAUCCCCAAAGAUGGACGACAGUCGCAGCGUCAUGCAGCAAACGCACGUGAAAGAGCGAGGAUGAGAGUCCUAGCAAAAGCCUUCUCACGUCUGAAGACGAGUUUACCGUGGGUUCCUGCAGAUACCAAACUGUCCAAACUGGAUACACUGAGACUCGCCUCAAGCUACAUCAAUCAUCUCAGACAGCUGCUGCAUGAGGACAAAUAUGAAAAGACCCUCGUCCACCCGGUAAAUUUGUCAUGGCCUUUUAUGGUUUCAGGAAGACCAGAUGACACAAAAGACAUUUCGACUUUCAGACUGUGUGGAGCUACAGCCUAGAUAUUCAUCACUCUCUUCUCUGUUUCUCUUCUU